AUGGCUGUCGCGCUGCCGUGCCUACCAUGCACUUGGCAACUCACGAGAUCCGCGACGCCUUCGGGACCUCCACUGCAAGCUCCGAAUCCGGGCCUCAAGGCUAGCCUGGCCCAUCAUCGUACGUGCGUAGCUACUCUCUCGCUGGGUGUCACUGCUUUUGCGGGCUUGUGCCGAUCGCGCAGGCAAGCACGAGUAGGCCAUCAUUCUCGGCUUCGAUCUUCCGUCCCACGGCGAAGCCAGUUGGAGGAAUCUGGUGAUGCUCUGAUACCUCCCAUGCCCAUCGGGAGACUGGUGAGCAAAGGCAGCACCACAGGACUGGAGUACGACCCUUUCGACGCGCCCGAGUUCAUCGAGGACGAACAUGGCGGAGGCAUCUUCAGCUGGAUGCCCGUCACAGCAGAAGGCGGCCUCUUGCCAGAGGGUGAAUAUGACGAGCAGUGCUUUGAGGUUCCUGCAGAUCGGCUUGACUAUUUGCAGGGAGGUGGCUGGCUCCAAGCUGGCGAGGGCCAGGAUUAUCGCGCCUACAUCGUGGGUGAGGUCUCUGAAGCGCAUGGCCGCACAUGGCAGCGUGUCGUGCUGAAGGGGCGAAAGGAGUCGGUGCAAGAGGGUGGCCUGCGAUUGAUGGAAGGUGUGCUCAGACAACGGCCUUGGGACCAACCACUGCGAGAACUGCCAAGACCAGAUGAUCUGAAGGACAGAAGUCUGAAGGACUGA